CUCAUGAUGGCCUCCACACACACAUUACAGGAGAUAGCGAGGAUGAAGAAGCGCGAAGCACGCAGCAGAUUCGGCGACGCGUCUGAAGUCACGAUACAGUAACGUUAGAUCCAUCAUUAGCUGUGAAGGACGCUUUAAGAGAGACGAAGGCAUCGAGCGUCUGAGCGGCUGUUUUGACUGGACGGAGUUUGAUGCUGACGAUAAACGACAGUAUUUACAUCAGGAGUUUGUGUAUGAGAAUGUGAUGUUUGCAGUAACGCGGGGACUGUCGUGGUCAGCAGUGGGACAGGUGGCAAACAUCAGCAAACAUCUCCUGCCCAAACUCAAAGGUUUGAAGACAUCAGAGGUCAUUUGCCUUGUCAAGGAUCAUUUAUCACAGAUAGAGCCUCGUCUCUCCACUGCCCAUCAUGCGGUUCUCCUGGACUAUAUUGUGAAAACAUAUGUUCCUCAUCAGCGGCUCUAUCAGGCGUUUUUAAACGGUGAGACGGGUGUUAAACACAUCAGAUGCAAGCUUGAGAUUGAAAGCCCCCCUCACCCGCGGCCCCUCAGUGAGGGAACAGAUGCUGUGGAGUGGGAACAUCAGCAGGCUCUCAAAGAGCUGAGUUUGGCUCAGUCCAGAAAAGAAGCCAAAAUCAAGGAACUCAAAGAGACGGCUGAAGCUCAGAUGAUGGCAACGCUACAGACCAGUUUAAACAGACUUCCAUAUGAAGGCCGGAUGAGCAGACAGGAGGUUGAAGAAUUGCUGCGCAGUUUUCUACAGUCGCAGGGAGAAAUUAUCACGGAGUCUCUGAUGAAGGAAGUUUGUCUCACAGAGGAUCUGUUGAGCCAGAAGUCUCAACUAGUACAAAGACACCUUACAAAUCAACCAGUUUUACCUGGAAAGAACCAUGUGGCGACUCCCACAAAAUCAAAGAAGAAGAGAAAUUGAUCUACAGUUUUAUAAUAUGUAUGUUUUGAGAUAUUUGUGAAAAUUAAAGAUUGAUG